AUGCAGAAAGCGCAGGCGAGGGGGGCGAGGGCGUCGUCGGAGCUGCAGGCGCAGCUGAACGCGGUGCAGGACGACCUCAAGAACGCGCGGGAGCACCUCGCCGCCAUCGACAGGGACAAGGCCCAGCUCCUCCACGACCUCUCCCUCACCCGCCGCCUCGCCGACGACGCCUAUGCCAAGCUCGACGCCUCGCUCGCCGCGCAGAGGGCCGCCGAGGAGGCGCUCGAGCUCGAGCGCUUCAAGUCGCUUGAGCGGGAGCAGCUCGCCAUCGACCUGGCACAGACCAAGGAAGGCGAGUGGAAUGCCAGGUGUGACGCCAUCGACAAGCGCCGCGCCGAGGUCGCCGCCGAGGUCGACAGGGUCAAGGACCAACUGGCAUUGGCCGAGCAGACCGCCGACAAGGCGGCGACCCUGACAGCCGAGGUGGCGCGGCUGCAGUCAGAGCUGGAGACGAAAGCAGCGGAGGCCGCAGCGAUCGUCGCCAAUCUGGAGUCCCAGGCCGCCGGGCUACGAGCCGAGCUCCAGAACGCAGAGGCGUCUCGCAAGGAGGAGCUGGGCAGAGCAGAGCAGCUUCUCCAUGGCCUCAAGGUUGACAUCGCCUACGCCAAGAGGGCAGAGGCCGACGCCAGCCAGUCCGCACAGGAGUGGAAGACGAAGGCGGAGUCGCUUCAAGCUCGCCUCGACGAACUCUCCUCUCUCAACAAAUCCAACGAGGACUCACUCGCGUCACUGACGAACAGCUUCGAGGAAUGCAAAUCCAUGCUGCAACACGAGCAGUCCCAGGUUGUCCAGCUCAAAGAGAAGGUGGCAUCCUUGGAGAAGGAAGCAUGCGAGUACAAAGAGGGCUUCUUGGAGACGAACAGGCGCCUCGACAUUGCAACCAAGGAGGCACGUCAACUGCAAGCCACCAUUGAAAGUUUGAGCUCUGGACACAAGCUGCUAAACGAAGCACUCACCAACGAGAAGACGGUGAGCUCGCAGGUUGGCCUGCUCUCCCAAGACAAGAUCAGGAUCCAGCAGGAGCUCGAUGCUGCCAUACUUGAGAGGGACAAGGCCAAGAAAGCCGUCGAAGAUUUAGCGGCUGCGCUGCGCGAGGUUUCAUCAGAAGCAAGAGAAGCCAAGGAACGCGUCCUUGCAAAGCAGGGCGAGCUAGACAGUGCGCAGCUUCAGAUAUCAGAGCUGAAGGCAGAGAUGAAGAAUGCACAAGACAGAUUCGAGCUAAUGCUUGACGAAUCCAAGCACGACGUUGCCUGCCUCAAGAAGACAGUUGAGAAGCUGGGCUCAGAGGCCAAGAUUUCCAACGAUGAGUGGGCAUCUAAAGAGGCCGGAUUUGUAGAUAUGAUCAAGACAUCAGAGGAAGGAAUGAGCUGUGUCAAGUCAGAGAUGAGCAGUCUGACGGUGUCACUUGGAGCUGCAGAGAAGCAAGUGAAGGAGCUCAAUGCAGAGAGAAGCCAGCUGCUUGAUAAACUGAAACAAUUCCAACUCAGCAAUUCAGAAGGUAGUAGCAUCUCGCCUAUUAGUGUUCAACAAAUAGCUGAUGAGUCCGAGAACACGAUACGCCUCAAGGACCUUCUGUCCAGCAAGGAGAAGGAAGUGCUUGCUCUGAACAAUGAAGUCACUGACCUGCGCCUUAGAGAGACGGCCGCCAUGGCAAAGGCCAAUGAGCUCUCAAAGCUACUGGCAGAGGCAGCAGCGAAGAAAGCCGAAGAGGAAGAGACUGCAAAAGGCACUGAGAAAUCCAAGGUACUACUGAUGAAGCUGGAAAUGGACAAGCUGCUGGGAUCACUGAAAGCCGCGGAGCAUGAAGCAAACGCUGCCAAGGAUGACAAGGCGCAGCUGCACACCAAGCUGAUGCGGCUCGAGUCCAAGAUCACCGAGGCCAACCUGACAGCCGAGGAGGAAAAGAUCAGCAGCCUACGGUUGAAGGAGACGCUUGCGGAGAAGGAGAAGGAGCUACUGAUCGUUGCACGAGAGAACGAUAGCCUGCGGACGAGAGAGGCCGCUGCUCAAGCGAAGAUCGAUGAGCUCUCUUCACUAGUCGCAGAUGCCGCCACAGCUAGGAAGUUAGCAGGAGAGUACUCGAGCAACGGAGUUGCUAUCAGGAGCCCAGAGAAGCAGCAGAACAUGUUCCUGAAGAUGAUCUGCUCGCCCAUGGAUAAUGUGCGAGACGAUAUAAACAGCAGCAGCUAUAGGAGGGUGCAAGAGGACGAGAUUAAGCACGUCGAAGUGGAGGUAGUGAAGCAGCAGGUGAAGCAUGGAAAGGAGCAGGCUUCAGCAAUGGAGGUUAACACUCUUGAGAACAGCAAGAUCAUAGAGGAUGACAUAAGCAAGCAUAGGGACGAUGCUACCGAGUCGAGCGACGACGAGGAGAUCGAGUCGCAGGGAGACGAUGCAGCUGUGGAACAUAUGAAUGGACUGUUGAUACAUGGGCCGACAUCGUCUUUCCACAAGGAGCAGCACAGCCAUAACAAGAAGAAGGCGGCCUUGCUGAAGAAAUUCGGGAGCCUGCUGAAGAAGAAAGCUCAUUUCACCAAGUUGAACAGUCAUUCAUCCUAG